AAAGAGGAAAAACUCUUUCGUACGAAUGCUUCCAUGUCUUCAAAUCAACCCAUUUUGGACUGUUUCAUUUGUCCUAGUGCCAGUUAAUCCAUAAUCCUCCUAUUACUUAGUAUCGCCUUCACGAGACGAAGUCAUGGCAGGUGAUAUCACGGAGGCUGGUGCUUCAUAUUCUCAAGGGGUUGGGCUUAUCUUUGUGUUCAACUUGAUUGUUGGCACGGGAGCCUUGACUAUGCCGUACGCUUUCAGUCAAUCAGGAUGGUUGCUCAGUUUGAUAUUUGUGAUUGCUCUAGCUUUCAUGAGUUACAUGACUGUGACUUUUGUGAUAGAGACCAUGGCUGCUGCAAAUGCUGUUCUAAGGCAUCGAGCUGCAGAAAAGAUAAGGCAGAACCAACUACUCCAAGGUGGGGGUCUUUUAUGUGACUCACUUGAGGAUUAUGAAAGGCAGCCCCUUCUUACUUGUGCUACCCGUAUCCGUGGUAAUGGCAGUAUACAAUCGGAUGAUAGCAUUGACACACUGUCAGGAACUCUUAACUCUCCUGUUUCGGUGAAUACUCGGGCUGCUGAUGUCUACCAGACAGAUUACUAUGACAUUGCGGCCAGAGUUGAGUUGGGUCAGAUGGCCUCAUUGUUCUUCAAUAAAGUUGGUGUCAAUCUGUUCUACAUCUGCCUGGCUAUCUAUCUGUAUGGUGAUCUUGCAAUCUAUGCUGCUGCAGUGCCAAAGUCGCUUAGGGAUGCUGUUUGUACCUACCAAGGAGUGAAUGACAGUUUCUGUAAUCCUAAUCGUACGGUGCAAGACAGUGAUUUGUGUUGGGAAGGUGUGGAGAGUGUGGACAGAAUGAAUGCCUACAGGAUAUUUGUGGCUGUAUUUAGUCUACUGCUCGGACCCUUUUUCUUCUUCAAUGUACAGAAGACCAAGUAUCUGCAAUAUUUCACAACAGUGAUGCGAUGGUUUGCCUUCAUCACAAUGAUCACUUUGGCUGUCAUCAGAUUGGCAAGUGGAAAAGGUCAAGGUCGUCCAGUGGUGGCAAACUUUGCUGGCAUUCCCAGUUUGUUUGGAAUCUGUAUCUACUCCUUCAUGUGUCAUCAUUCACUGCCGUCACUCGUGACACCAAUUAAAAACAAAUCACGACUCUCAACUCUUUUCGGCGGUGACUACCUCCUUAUCCUUGGCUUCUAUGCCCUUCUGUCUUUCACUGGUAUAUUUGCAUUUGAUAAGCUAAAAGAUUUAUACACACUGAACUUUGAACCCAAUCGAUGCGAGGCGAUAAUAGACCCAAUAACUACUGUUGUUCCUAUACAAUACAUUCUUACUUUAUUCCCAGUUUUCACACUCAGUACAAAUUUCCCGAUCAUCGGUGUCACAUUACGGAAUAAUCUUCGCACCUUGUUCUAUCGGGAAGAUCAUCCAUACCCCUUGGCUGUUGAUCGAUUUGUCUUCCCACUUCUUGCUCUAUUACCUCCAGUUGUAAUUGCCCUAGCAACAGCCGACUUGGACGAACUGGUUGCGAUCACAGGGUCAUAUGCAGGUGCUGGCGUGCAAUAUUUCAUUCCGUUAUUUUUGGUGUACUGUGCAAGGAAAGACACAAGUGCUAGGUUUUCUGAUGGCGUCAAAAAUAAACACGCCUCACCAUUCCGUCAUACUGCAUGGCUGGUGAUCGUUUUCUUAUGGGCAACUGCUGCUGUGGUGUUGGUUACAGUGAAUCAUAUUAUCACCAAGUCCUGAUACUGGUGUCAUUACUUAUAUUAUCAUAAGUUGGUGAAAUCAGUUUCAAUGGAGUGAAUAAUAUCAUAACAAGGUUGUGAUGCUCAUGAAUUGUACUGUUUAUUCAAUUGCUGUACAGGCUUCAUUGCAUGUGCAGAACGAAAAUAUAAUGUGAUAUUUAUCUAAGAGAGGUGCUUGUCUGUGUAUUGCAUUGCAUUUGUUUCCAGAACUUCCGGGUCAUCCCUAAAUCCAAGUGAUCUCAUAUGUAAAUGUUGGCUCGCUUACAUAUACCUGUAUUCAGUAUGAUAUAUAUGUAUCAAGAGCUGCUGAAUUACCAAGAAACCUGUAAUGUUCCUUGAGGGAAGAGAUUUGUAUCAUAACACUUGUGUACUGUAGGCAUAAACCUUUUCGUUUUCAUGUGAUGUCUUGGCUACAGUGCUUUUGUGAGUCUGAUCAGAAAGUUAUAUUUCACCGAACACUAGAAGGCUUUAUACAGAAGAGAAAUCAGCAAAUACUGGGGGAUAGAGAUUUAACAGUCAUUCAGUCAUUGACUAGUUGAUUGAAGAGUUCAGUUUACAAGUACGAACUCGAGAUUAAACUGCUGUCGAGUUCAUUAUAUUUAGGUCAGUGAAAUAGGCUUUCCUAAAAUCUGCUCUCAUGAGUCGGCUGCUUCCCAACCUUCCAUGAUUUUACCAAAAAAAAACAAAAAGGAGCAUUUAACAUUGUUUUUCCCUGGGGUAAGGGCUACAUUAUAAUGCAUGAGGUAAGGGCUAAACCAUGGCUAAUCCUGACAAACCAUCACAAAGAGUCGCCUUGAAUUGCCUUUUGGGCGUGAAAACUGAGGAGUCCUGUUGCAGAUUAUCGUAAAAACCUUUUGGGAUACCCUUGAUCAUGGUGGUUUGUCUCAACAUUCAACAACACUUGUAUAAACUACAGUUGUAUUCGUGACAUCGUCUCCUAAUUGACCUGUUUGACAUGUAACUAGUUGUGAUCUAAUUACUGUGAUUUCCGUUAAAUUGAUUCUACAUGCAUGAAGAUUUUCUUCGUUUUUACGAAUUUUUGGUAGCCUAUAUGUUUAUAAUUUUGUAAUAAUGAAAUGGUGGCAGCGGCCAAAGUUGUAUAAAUUUCUCUUAAAAUGA